AUGUUAGAUGAAGAGACGAACAAGAAUACAGUGAAUGACGCCCUAGAACCACAGGUGAAAGACGCCCCUAAAACAGAACCACAGGUGAAAGACGCCCCUAAAACAGAACCACAGGUGAAAGACGCCCGAGAACCGCAGGUGAAAGACGCCCAUAAAACAGAACCACAGGUGAAAGACGCCCCUAUGAUAGAACCACAGGUGAAAGAUUCCCCUAUAACAGAACCACAGGGUGAAAGACGCCCUAGAACCACAGGUGAAAGACACCUCUAUAACAAAUUACAGGUGAAAGACGCCCUAGAACCACAGCCACAGAUGGUUCCUCAAAAGUUACCAAACCUCAGGGAGUCCAUCACCGCCCCCGUUCUUCACAGCCAGACAAUAGACGACCUCACUAGACCAGCAUCAAGCGGCGAGGAAAACCUUCUUCAGGAAAUGUGCCAACCUUUCACCAUUACCGUCCAGUCUAGCGGACCAACACCCACCUCCGCCCUCCACUUUGAAGGUGUAUUCCAGUUCACACCCAGCAGCUGGACCCCUAAGGUUAAUGGUGCUGUUAGCUUGUGGUUGCUAAGGGUUCCAAGGGCUCAGAUGUUCCAAAGGCUCAGACGUUCCAAAGGCUCAGAUGUUCCAAAGGCUCAGAGGUUCCAAAAGUUCAGAUGUUCUAAAGGCUCAGAGGUCCCAAAUGCUCCGAGGUUCCAAAGGCUCCGAGGUACCAAAGGGCUCAGAGGUUCCAAAUGUUCAAAUGUUCCAAAGGCUAAGGUUCCAAACGUUGAAGUUCCAAAUGCUCAGAUGUUCCAAAGGCUCAGGGAUUCCAAAGGUUCAGAGGUUCCAAAGCCUCAGAGGUUCCAGAUGCUCAGAGAUUCCAAAGGCUCAGAUGUACCAAAGGUUCAGACGUUCCAAAGAUUCAGGGGUUCAAAAGGCUCAGAUGUACCAAGGUUCAGACGUUCCAAAGAUUCAGGGGUUCCAAAGGCUCAGAUGUACCAAAGUUCAAGGUUCCAAAAAUUCAGAGGUUCCAAAGAUUCAGAGGUUCCAAAGAUUCAGAGGUUCCAAAGAUUCAGAUGUUCCAAAGGUUCAGAGAUGCCAAAGUUAACCCUCAAUAUCUGUGGCUCCCAAAGAUCUCCUCAGACCCCUCACAGACCUCCCCAGGCCCCAAAAGACCUCCCCAGACCUCCCCAAAGAUCUCCUCAGACCCCUUACAGACCUCCCCAGGCCCUCCAAAGACCUCCCCAGGCCCCCAAAGACCUCCCCAGACCCCAAAGACCUCCCAGGCCUUCCAAAGACUCCCCAGACCUCUCACAGGCCUCCCUAGACCCCCCACAGACCUCCCCCAGGUCCCCACAGACCUCCCCAGGCCCCCAAAGACCUCCCCAGACCCCCAAAGACCUCCCCAGACCCCCACAGAUCUCCCCUAGACGCCCCAGACCCUCACAGACCUCCCCAGGCCCUCAUAGACCUCCCCAGACACCCCACAGACCUCCCCAGGCCCCACAAAGACCCUCCAGACCCCCCAGGCCCCUCAUAGACCUCCCCAGGCCUCACAGACCUCCAAGCCUCAUAGACCUCCCCAGACCCCCACAGACCUCCCCAGGCCCCACAAAGGCCUCUCCAGACCCCCCAGGCCCUCAUAGACCUCCCCAGGCCCUCAUAGACCUACCCAGAUCCCUCUAG